GGAUGUUAAAACUGACAAGCAUAGAGAAAACUAUUUAGGACAUUCACUUUUUGCACCAGUAGGAAGGUGGCAAAAAGGCAAGGAUCUCACUUGGUAUUCCAAGGAUGGAAAGGGCGAUCAAGCAUAUAUUGAUGAAUUAAAAGCAAUUAAAGAUUCUGAAGCAGAUGUUAUGGCUGAAUUCCUAGGAGCCAAUAAAAAGAAAAAGGUUACGGAAAAAGUUACUCAACAAGAAUUAAAUAACGUCUUGAAAAGAGAACAAGAUGAUGAUGACGACGAUGAAAUUCUCAAAGAGGCAGACAAAGAUGCCACAAAAGGAUUAGGAUAUAGGAGUUCCGGACGAUCAUAUAUCGGAGAAAUGAUACCAGACGAUUCUGAGACGAUCGAGAACGAAGGCAUUCUGAAAAAUUCUGAACGAAUAUCACAAAAUGAUAGAGAUUAUUCUAUGAGUACUUCUGCAGUAAAAUCCGAUAACCUCACCAGUAAACAAUCGGUUUCUAAAAAGCAGAAAAAGGAAAAAAAGAAAAGAAAAAACCACAAAAGGGAUUCUAGGUCCCCUUCCCCUGUUCGAAGGCGAUCCCCUGUUCGAAGACGAUCCCCUUCCCCUGUUCGAAAACGAUCUCGAUCAUCCGUGUCAGAUCGUAAGGACCGUUAUUCCUCACGUCACUAUUAUGACGAUGUUGAAC